UAGAAUAGAAAGAAAAGAAGGAAACAGAGGAAACAAAAACAAUAAAAUCUUGCAAAAACCGUUUCAAAUUUCGCUUUCUUCACACACUCUCUCUCUAUCUCUCAGACACACAAACACAACCCAGCCCUCUUGCUGUUUCUUUCAAUUCUCUCUCUCUCUCUCUCUCUCUCUCUCUGUGUGGCGCCAUGGACGAGCUAGCAAGCAACAGCAGCAGCAGCAGCGGCAAUAGCAAUGGAAACAACAACAACGUGAAUACGAACAACAAUGCGUUCUUGGAAACGAGCAAAGCUGAGAGAGCAAUGUGGCUGAUGAAAUGUCCACCACUCGUCUCUCGCGCUCUCCAGUCUCCUCCGUCUUCUUCACCACCUGAUUCUUCGUCCUCUGAACCUCCUCGCCCCGUCGCCAAAGUCGUUCUCUCCAUCGACCCUCUCCGCUCCAACGACGACAACUCUUCCACUCAGUUCACCAUGGAAUUGGCUGGCACUGAAUCUGGACAUAUACCCAAGUGUUACUCUAUGGAUAUGUCUCAAGACUUCAUUCCAAUGUCUGUCUUUUCUGAGUCAUCACAAGGGAAAAUUUUUGUGGAGGGAAAAAUACUGAACAAAUUUGACAUGAAGCCCCAUAACCAGGAUAUUGAGAAUUAUGGGAAACUCUGCCGUGAAAGGACAAGUAAAUAUAUGACUAAGACUAGACAGAUACAGGUGAUCGGCAACGACAAUGGGGCUCAUAUGAGGCCUUUGCCAGGGAUGAUGAGUUUUUCGUCUUCUGGACCUAGUGAUAAGAAGAAAAUACCGGCGAAGGGAUCAGAAGCAAAACGCACAAGAAGGGAUCGUAACGAAAUGGAGGAAAUUAUGUUUAAGCUCUUUGAAAGGCAACCAAACUGGACUUUAAGACAGCUAAUCCAGGAGACAGACCAACCCGAACAAUUUAUGAAAGACAUACUUAAAGACCUGUGUGUCUACAAUAACAAGGGAGCUAAUCAAGGAUCUUAUGAGCUGAAGCCGGAAUACAGGAGAACAAAUGAGGAACCAACCCCACAAUAGGUCACAUGAAAUAGAUUUGAUCCAUAUGGAGACUUUUGGUACUGAUGAUUAGUUCAUAACUUCCUGCUUCUUCUUUUUUAAAUUUCAGAUUGCGAUCCCUUGUUUCUGUACAGAAUUUAAAUUUUCCUAUGAAAAUGCAAGCGAGAAAGAUGGGCAACGCCACUCUCUCAAGUCUAAUAUGUAGAUAUUAGAACUUCUUUAAUUUUUUGCAGCAGCUGAUACCCUUUUUUUGUCUCUCUCUCUUUUUUAUUUUUACUGUCUUUGCAGCAUGUAAGUAAUGGAAUUCGUCAGCACCAUUUAGUUUCAGAUAUCUGUAAAUAAUAUUAUCAAAGCUACUUGUAUCUGUGCA